AGGAAGGCAGAAAACCUGCACAUCAGAACUCACCUAACAGAUACGGGCAGCUGGCUUUGACUCUGCAGGUAAGCCUGAAGAACACAGAAGAUGGCCAUCAUUGCAGCUCUGGGAAUCUUGAUGGUCGGGAUCUGCCCUGCUGUCCUCUGCUGCUCAGAUGACGCACUGGGAAGGCACAUUGCAGUCCAGAAAGACCAAGACACUCUAAAACAAUUGGACAGUCUAACACUGGCCUCCACCAACACUGACUUUGCCCUCAGCCUCUAUAACAGGCUGGUUUUGCAGAAUCCACGUGAAAAUAUUGUCUUCUCCCCACUUGGCAUCACAACUGCCUUGAACUCCUUGGCUCUGGGAGCAAAGGGCAACACCCGGCAAGAGAUUCUAGAAGGUCUCAAGUUCAAUCUCACAGAGACCCCCGAGGCAGACAUCCACCAGAGUUUUGGGCACCUCCUACAGCAGCUCAGUCAGCCAGAGGACCAGGUUCAGAUCAUUGCAGGCAAUGCCCUCUUUGUUGAAAAACACCUGCAGAUCCUGACAGAGUUCAAGGAGAAGGUGAGGGCUCUGUACCAGACUGAGGUCUUCACAGCCAACUUCCAGCAGCCUCAUGAGACCAAAAAGUUCAUCAAUGACUAUGUGAAGAAGCAUACCCAGGGGAAGCUCAAGGAACUGGCCUCAGACCUGGAUGAGAGCACAUCCAUGGUGGUAGUGAACGAUCUCCUCUUUAUAGGCAAAUGGAAGGUGCCAUUUGACCCUGAUGACACAUUCAUGGGAAAAUUCAUGUUGGACAGGAAGAGGACUGUGACGGUGCCCAUGAUGAAAAUUGAGAACCUGAAGACACCAUACUUCCGGGAUGAGAAGCUGAAAUGCACGGUGGUGGAGCUGAGUUACAUAGGCAAUGCCAAGGCCAUGUUCAUCCUCCCUGACCAGGGCAGGAUGCGGCAGGUGGAAGCCAGCUUACAAUCAGCAACUCUGAAGAAGUGGAGGAAAUCACUGAAGAAUAGGAUGAUAGAUGAGUUCUACCUGCCCAAGUUCUUCUUAUCCCAACAAUACAACCUAGAAGACAUCCUUCCAGGACUGGGUAUCAGGGAAGUCUUCUCUGCACAGGCUGACCUGUCUGGGAUCACUGGAGCCAACAACAUAACAGUCUCUGAGAUAAUCCACAAUGCUUUGCUGGAGAUGACUGAGACAGGCACAGAAGUAGAUGCUUCCACAAGAGUCGAAUAUGAGUUCCUGUCUGCAAAAACUAAACCUAUAAGUGUUAACAUGAACAGGAAAUUCCUAUACAUUGUUUUAGAUUCAAGUUCCUCACUUAUCUCUGUUAUGGGCAAGGUUAACAACCCUUUAGAAAACUAGGAGUUUUCUAAAGUGCUGGGGCUUCUUUCUGAGUUAACAGAGUGAGUCUCUAUGUGCUUUUUGGCUUCCAUCCUCUGAUAGGCUGUGGCAUUUUUGUAAUUAAACAGUGACCUUGAUUGACUUUAGUGGUCACACAUCACAGGAGCAUGUGGAGGAUCUGUGUCCAGGCCUCUUCGCAACAUUAGCUCAUAUUCCUGAGCCUGGACUCUGUCUUUCUUCUCCUCCCUUGUUUACUCCCCUUUGUCUGCCUCUACCAAAAGCCUGGGCCCAGCAGGUAGACCCAUUCCCCAGAUAGUCUCUGAUCAUGUCUGCCUUCCAUUUCUGCAGCCUUGGUGGAACUGUGCAAGGUUACAGGCCCACCCAUAUAGACAACAGGCAAAGCACAAGUCGGGAACUUUCUGCCCCUUCUAUUUGUAGCAUCUGGAAUAGGUCGUACCCAGUUUCUGCCUCACUCUUUCCCUACUACAGUCUGUACCACCCACUGCCUCUUGCAGGGUCUCCUGACACUAUCCACACAGUUGGAACCCCCAUUCCUGCAACUGCAUGGGGCCUGUGGCUCACACUAGCUCCUCUCCCCUUAGCACUCCUAAUCAGAUCAGAGUGGUAGCCUUUUUCUCAGUUCCCAGCUGGCCAAUCUCACAGAACAGGUGAAAGCCUCCACCUUCAUUACCAAAACUGAAAGGCCAGGAGCAAAGAAUCAAUAAAUGUAUACCUGCACA